AUGCAGACGUUAAUUUUAUUGUCCUUGCUAGGAUUACUCGUGACCAAAGCAAGUGCUGCUACUACCACUAUUUCAACACCAACAACCUUGUCUGGUGAUCAAACGUUUUACGAUGAUAUCGUAAUUGAAUCAGGUGCUACUCUCGCAUUAGUAUCAGGUUCUUCAUAUUCCUUCAAUGGCAAUAUUGAUGUUAAAGGUUCUUUAGACAUUAUUGGUGAUUCAACAAACGGGUUAACUAGUCUACAAUUUGGUUCUACUACAACAAUUACAAACAGUGGUAACAUCAACAUUGAAAAUAUUAAAUCAGCAAAUUCUGUCACUGAUUUCGUCAUUGCCCCAGAUCAUAUCGAUAACUCUGGUACAUUUACUGAUGUAUGCAGUAGCUUCACGACAUCACCAGUAUCUUUAUCUUCUCCUCUAUACAGAAACUCCACUAUACCUAGCGAAAAGACUAAAUAUACUUUAAGUAACACUUUAGUUGUUUUGACUACGGUUUUUAAUAGAGUCACUAUGACUACAACUUAUUGUCCAGAACCAUCUGCAACUUCUGGAACAAGUAUGACUGCUAUCAUUGGACAUAGUUCUCUUGAAUCUGUUUAUACUAAUUCAAAGAACCAACAAGAAAAGACCAACUCACUUUCUGCCGUUUCCAAUGCAACUCUAGUUAUUUCUAUUGCUUCUACCACUACUGGUCCGGCCUUUACAAACAAUGAAAACCAACCAAAGCCUAGAAAUUCUAGAGCAUCUACAACGAUUGUUGCUGGAUUCACAAAGGGUACCACAGACAUUGCUUCGGAAACUGGUACUGUUGUUGGUACUGUUAAAUCUAGAAGACUAGAAACAUUGCUAACUACAAUGGUGCCACAAGUUUCCCAAUAUGUUUCUGAACAACUAUUCUCAUCAUCAACUGCUGUUACAGUAUCUCAUGGGGGUAUACCUUCCCUUGCAUCAUAUGAAGGUAAGGGUAGCACCAUGUAUAUGAAGUGGAGUGUUGCCCAUUGCAUUGGUUUAUUAUUAUUCUUGGUAAUUUAA